ACACUAUGGCUUCUCUCCUUAACCAAGUCCCUUCUGUAUCCACAGUUUUCGCCCUAUACACAUCUUUAUCCGCAAUCAUGAUGAUUCUCCGUAACAUCCUCAACGAGAUUGUACCUCAGCCAAUCCGAGAUUACAUCACUCCGAAAGUUGUAGCCUUGUUCUCUUCUUACUUUCAGUCGAGUUUCACGUUUGUGAUCGAGCAAAAAUGGGAUUUUUGCGAUAAUCAGACUUUCCGUGCGGCAGAAGUUUACUUAACAACGCGUCUCGCCGGACUUUCAAGCCGAGAACUCCUCGUGGGUUCGAGUGAUCUCAAGAAUCCAACGGCUGAGCCAAAUCUCGGAAUCCCUCCCAACACAAAGAUUGUUGAUGAGUUUGAAGGGAUUCAUCUUGAGUGGACUCUACACUCUGUUGAGACUAAAACUUAUCCCUACGAGAAACGAUAUUUUAAUCUGACUUGUAAGAAGGAGUUUCGUGACAAGAAAAUGAAAGAUUACUUCACAUACUUGGCGAAAUCAGCAGAGAAGAUAAUGAGACAUCGCGAAGAUCUCUACAUCUACACUUACAACCGAGAAGGGUCAUCAUGGCAAGCAGCCAUUUUCGAGCACCACACGAGCUUUGAGACCUUAGCUAUUGAGCCGCAACUUAAGACCACUAUGAUCGACGAUCUUGAUGCUUUUUCUAAAGGAAAAGACUUCUUCAAGAGCGUGGGACGCGCUUGGAAACGUGGAUAUCUUCUUUACGGUCCACCGGGUACCGGAAAAUCUUCUAUGGUGGCUGCAAUAGCUAAUCACAUGAACUACAAUAUCUAUGAUCUCCAGAUUCAGAGCGUUAGCGAUGAUGGUGAGUUGCGGAAGAUUCUUACCGCCACCAAGAACAGGUCAAUUCUUCUCAUUGAAGACAUUGAUUGUGGAGCUGAUGCGUCUCGUAGACGCCAGACCAAAAAUGAAGAAGAUGUUGAGCUCCAAAAGCAAAAAAAGAAACCUGACCUUGGGAUAUCUUUGUCUGGUCUAUUGAACUUUGUAGACGGGCUUUGGUCGAGCUGCGGAGAAGAAAGAAUCAUAAUUUUCACAACCAAUCACAAGGAGAAGCUCGACCCGGCAUUACUGAGGCCGGGAAGAAUGGAUGUUCACAUUCUCAUGGACUAUUGCACUCCAUUUGUCUUGAAGAAGCUUGUGGCUAUGUACCUAAAAAUUGAUGACCAUGUCCUUUUUGAUCCCAUUGAGAAGCUUGUCAUUGAGGUGAAUGUAACUCCUGCUGAAAUCGCGCAGCAGCUCAUGGCGAGUAAGAACGCUGAUAUUGCGCUCAAAGGUCUCCUCGAAUUCCUCGAAAACAAGAAGAUGAAGAAGGAAGAAGAUACCAAAGUUGAGGAAGAGGGUGAGAUUGAAGAUGGUGAGACUAAAGAAUAAAAGAUGCUCAACCAUAAGUAGCUCUUUGGUGCUAUUAAUUAUCUUCAAGACUUAAUUAGAAGUCACUUUAUAUUUCAGUUUUACUACAAAUUGUUGCUGAAACUACAUGUUGGUUGUGUAUGCGGUGAGACUGAGUCUCCUAAACAUAACUAUU